AGGGAGAAACAAACAAAAAUCUCCUUUUCAAGAAUUGUGCUUAAACCGCCAGUCUCCUCAUUUUCCAUAGCGGAGUGGAGCUAACCCUCAUUCAACUCACUGCAGAAUGACCUUCUAUUUGCCUGGUUUUCGGAGCUUUCCGAAACUUUGGAAGAGCACCCCUUACUUUGAGCUGGGCCCCGCGACCUCUCCUGUCUCUCUCUUUCUCGCGGUUACCGGGAACCAACACAGAUGGUUUUCUGUUAAAACCACAUCCCUUCCAAAUGGCAAAGCAAUGAAUCUGCUGGUUGCCAAGGCUAGAACACUCAAGAAAGGAAAUGACAGCAAUAGGCAAGUUUCUCCUGAUCAUUAUUUUGCCGCGGGAGCCGCUAAGAAGAGGUCACACGUCAGUAGCAACCCUCAGCAUAGAGAUCAUGCCUUGCCACGUGUGAGCGCUCUCCAGCUUCCAACUAAACCCUUGAAUUCCGAAGAGUGGGAUAAACUUAAAGAAGAUUUCAAUGGGAAGGCCAGUUUUGAAGACUGGGUCAUUUCCCAGAUGGUGCGCAGCUGUAGCUCUAUAGAUGUAGCUAAGUCUCUCCUGGCAUGGGUAGCCACAAAGAACAACGGCAUUGUUGGGUAUAAUUUGCUCGUCAAGUAUUUAAGUCUCUGUGUCUCUCAUAAGCAGACAUCAGAAGUUAUUGAUGUCUAUGAAAUCAUGAAAGCCAAGUACAAGUGUUUAGAAUCCGGGGCUAACACCCUUCUCAUCCGGGGACUGAUCCCCUCAGACAGAUGGAGAGAGGCCUUGCUGCUCCUAGAAGACAUUAAAAAAGUCAUGGUCCCUUCGAAAAGGAACUACGAUGAUUGCAUACAGGGAGCCCUCCUCCAUCAAGAUGUGAACGUGGCUUGGGGUUUGUAUCAGGAGUUGGUAGGUCAUAAUCUCAUUCCUCUGCUGGAAACUUUAAAAGCCUUCUUUGAUUUUGGCAAAGACAUAAAUGAUGAUCACUAUUCGAACAAACUACUGGACAUUCUUUUGUAUCUAAGGAAUAAUCAUCUGUAUCCUGGAGAGUCAUUUGCACACAGUAUAAAAGCAUGGUUUGAAAGUAUUCCUGGAAGACAAUGGAAAGGACAGUUCACUACAAUCCAGAAAAGUGGCCGGUGUUCAAGCUGUGGUAGAACCUUAGAGUCUAUUCAUCUGAGUCCAGAAGAAUAUGAAUUUCUCAAGGAAAAAAUCAUGAGGGAUGUGAUAGAUGGCGGUGACCAGUAUAAAAAGACAACGCCCAAGGAACUGAAGAGAUUUGAGAGCUUCGUAAACUCCUGUCCCCCUUUUGAUAUUGUUAUUGAUGGCCUCAAUGUUGCAAAAAUGUUUCCUAAGAGCCGUGAAUCUCAAACUCUCCUGGGUGUAGUUUCCCAACUAGCCCAGCAGAAUCUGCAGUUGCUGGUCCUGGGCCGAAAGCACAUGCUCACACCAAGCUCCAGGUGGAGAAAGGACGAGAUGGAGCAGGUGCAGAGGCAAGCCCACUGUUUCUUUGCUGAUAACAUCUCGGAGGACGAUCCAUUCCUGCUGUACGCCACCCUGAACUCAGGCAGUCACUGCAAGUUUAUCACCAAAGACCUGAUGCGGGACCACAAGGCCUGCCUGCCCGACGCGCACACUCAGCACCUCUUCUUCAAGUGGCAGCAGGGCCACCAGCUGGCAAUCGUGAAGGGGUUCAGAAGGUCACAACUGACUCUCCAGGACCCUCUCUGCUAUGACACAGUGGUUCAGACAACUGGAGACUCCUGGCACAUCCCGUAUGAUGAAGACCCGGUGCAGAGGUCCUCCUAUGAAGUGCCCACCAAAUGGCUGUGCCUCCAGGGAAAGGCGCAGGCGCCCGCCCCGUGCUGAAUUUGAACCGGACACCUGCUGGCGGCGGAGAGCCUACACCCAUGCUCAUCUCAGGCAUGACCUCUGUCCUUCCUGAAAAUAAAAAGAUUUUAGUAGCA